AUGACAAGUAGAGAUAGAGAUAGAUUUAGAAAAUAUGAGUCUGGAAGUAAUAAAAGAGCACGUAAACAACAGAAGGUUGAGUUUAUAAAAAAACAAACGGGAUUUUUCAAUAAAUAUCUUAAUCCAACUACAUCUAAAGAGAAUUAUGUAACUGAUGUCCCUAAAAGUAAUUGUGAAUAUGUCAAUAUAACUUAUGAUAGUUCAACAAAUAUUUCUGAACAAAAAUCACCUCUCAUAUCUGAAACUGAUCACGUCCUUCAAGAUAACGUAUCUACAUCUUUCGAAAAUCAAGAUUCAGUAGAAAAUUUAUUAACGACUUCUAAUAAUAAUCAAUCAUCAGCUGCUAAAAAUGUAAGUAAUUCUACUUUUGAAUCUCUAGUAGUAAUGACUGAUUUAACUGACCCUGGAAAUUGGCCAAUCCCACUAGGUCAUGAUCUGUUUCCAAUAAAUGCGAAUGGCCUUUGUACAACAGGUAUAAAUGAUUGGAGACAUUUAUCAAGAAUCCUGAAUAAACAUGAAAAUUCUCCUAAUCAUUUACAAUCAUUAAAAGCUUGGCAUGAACUUAAAACUAGAGUCAGUACAUGUCAUACAAUUGAUAAUUACCAUAUGAAAAUUAUGGAAAAAGAAAAAGCUCAUUGGCGUAAUGUUUUAUUAAGAAUUCUUGCCGCAAUACAGUAUUUAGCCAAAAAUAAUGAUGCUUUAAGAGGAAGUUCAGAUGUCUUAUAUGAGAAAAAUAAUGGUAAAUUUUUAGGCAUUAUAGAAAUGUUGGCUAAAUUUGAUCCGGUCAUCUCUGAACAUGUACGUCGUAUUAAAGAGAACGAGACGCAUGUCCAUUAUCUUGGACAUACUAUUCAAGACUCAUUGAUUUCCACGAUGGCACAAGAAGUAAAACUUAAAUAA